GAUGACUUCGACAAUGGACCCUCGGCACUAGCAGCUGCGCGUGCGGAGACCGCAUCGGUGCUCACAGAACUGGCUAAUCAACAAGCGGAGUGCGCGGCCCUGAGCGCGAAGCACCGACACCUGGAGAAUUUGGUGCGAGAGCUUCGACGUGACAACACGGAGCUGCGCGAACAGAUCGCUCGUGUCAAUGACGAGGCGGAGGAUGAGAAUUCCCUCGCGGAAAGUGAUAAACACACUCGUGCCCAAUCGCUACAGGUUAGUCAGUAG